AUGCCAAAUAAUAAAUCAUGUCGUAAUCAAAGAAAAGAAGUAAGUCAAAUUAAAUAUGUAACACGUUGGAUAAGUGAAGGAUAUGAUAUUGGCUCAUUUUCAUUAUCUCGUUCAUUUUCUAUCGAAAAUUAUCUUCGUUUAUUUCUUGCUUUAUAUGAUAGAUGUAAAUGGUCAUCAAAUAAUACAAUUCGUACUUUUAAAUAUUUAUUAGAAAAUCGACAUCAACAUCAAAAUCUUUUUUCAUUAAAUAAAGAAGAAAAAUGGUUAAUUGAUUUGGCUAUUUCAAAAGAUAUUGGAAAAGAAUUGUUUAUAGAAAAACUCCUAAAAGAAGGAAAUGAAGAUAGUCGUCGAUUAUUUGAAAUGUAUUCUCAAUUAACAACAUCACUUUCUCUUCAUUUAAUAUCCCAAUAUGAACGUCAUGGAAUAAUUCAAGCUAAACAACAUUUAUCAUUCUUUCGUUAUCAAUUAAUGACAGAAAAGAUUUUUCAUCUUUUUUUAUCUUUAUUUAAAAAAACAGGUUCAGAUGUUAAUCAACAAAUUUUACCAUAUAAUAUUCAUUCAAUUAUAUCUAUUAUUGAUAUUGUUAUUUACCAUUUACAACAAUCAACAAAUACUUUACAAAUUAUUAUUUCUUAUGGAAUAUAUUUACUUCAAUCGGCUGAACAGCAUCCAAAUAAACAACAAAGAGAAAUCAUUCAACGAUUUGCUACGAAUAUAAUCAAACAAUGUUAUGGAAAGAGUAAUAGUCUUACUAUUCAUACAUCAUCCAUAGGUGAAUCUUAUCCUGAAACACGUCUUAUAUUUGCAUAUAUUCUUAUAUCAGAUCUAUAUCCAAAAUUAGUUUCAAAAUCAAUAUUAGAUGAAUUAAAUAAUUCAUUAAAUUCACCCAUUGUCAAAGCUUGGCGUUUACCACAAAUUGAUUCAUUUAUUAAUUCGUUUUUUACUAAAUCUCUUUGUUCAUCAACAAAACUUCAAUCAUCAUUUAAAAGCAAUAUACAUUCUUCAAUCAUAUCAUUUUAUUUAAAACAAAAAUCAACUCGAUUCGAACGAGUUAAUCAAUUAAUUAAUAAUAUUCAUCGAAUUUUUUUUAUUGAUCAAUAUAUUCAACGAAUUGUUUUACGUUCUCAACAAUAUCGACAAUUCAUUGAUCAUUUAAUUCAAGAUAAAUCUCUUACUGUUGACAAAUUAUCAAAUGAAGAAUGUAAACUUGCAGUAGCAUUAACCUCUGAAGCAAAAAAUCUCAAACAAUUUGGAUUAAAUAAUAUGUCCGAUUUCAGGACAUCAGUAAAUAACCAUUUUAUUGAAAUAAAUGAACAAUCAUAA